UUCUUUGCUCCAUCCUAGAGUGAAUCAAAGGACACUCCCGUGUUUGGAAAGACUUCUUCUUUUGAGCUGUCUUUAAUAUCGAGAGCUUUCUAAUCUUAGCAGAAUAGGCAAGAUUAAUGUUCAAUCUCAAGAAUUUCUGAAUAUAUUUCUUUAUCCACAGAAUAAACUGUGGGGAAAAAAUUUAAGAGGUUGCUGAGGCUGCUGGUUCUCUCCAACGCUGAACCACAAGAGAUUUAACAUACAAUGGGGCAAGAAGAACCACUAAAUAAACUAGAAAGAGGCCAGCAUUCCCAGCUGAUCCCUUGGACCAUUGCUAUUUUUUUCAUGUCACUUCUAAGUGCCUGUUUUAUUGCGAAUUGUGUGGCUGAAACAAAGGAACUGCGUAGAAAGAACAGAGAAGUGACUCACCACAACUUUCUAUCCUGUAAGAAAGGAACAGGGUUCUUCAGGCUCCCAAAGCAGCACCCAAAGGUGACAUGUGUCAGAGAGAAACCAGAACUGAAAGGGGGCACCUGGAAUUGCUGUCCUGUGGGCUGGAAAGCCUUCCAGUCCAACUGCUAUUUUCCUUUUAAUGACAACAAGACAUGGGCUCAGAGUGAAAGCCACUGCUCUGGGGUGGGAGGUCACCUGGCCACCAUCAGCACAGGGGCUGAGCAGAACUUUAUCACUCAAUUUUUGGAUAGACGAUUUUCAUAUUUCCUGGGACUUAGGAGUGAGAACCUUGACGGCCAGUGGCAUUGGGUGGACAAGAAACCAUUUAACCCACAGAUGGUAUUCUGGCACAAGCGUGAACCCAACAAUGAUCAGAAAGAAAAAUGUGUUGUUCUUGUUAACGACAAAGACAAAUGGGCCUGGAGUGAUUUUCCUUGUGACUAUAAGACAAGUUGGAUUUGCAAGAUAACUGGAACUGCAUUCAACUAAAAACCUACGAAGGGGGCCUUGUGAUGAGGACACAAAAUAAGAAAUAAUGCGACUAAAGCAGAACAUACAUGUAUUGUGGGAACAGAGAAAACAUUUUCCGUCAUAGAACAUUUUCCGUCA